CCAAGCCAAAAGUAUCUAGUCGAGUUCUGGAAAGGAAGCACGCCUCAGUCGCUUUCACGCAGACAAGAGCAUCUCAGCCCUGCACCAAGCAAACCACCAUCCCCGUCUUCUUCAGCACUCAGACAGGUGAAAAAGACAAAGAGAACUCCAUGCCAUCUCCUUUUAUCCUGAAUAACGACUGUAAAGAAAAAGGUAUUUCCUUGGCUGCCUCCCCUGUGAAGAUCUUGGCUUUGCCGCGGAUGGAGGAAGCGCAGAGACAAUCCUUCAGAACCGAGGUGGAGCUGGUGCAGGUGACACCCCGGCCUCGUGCACAGAAAGCGCCGGCCUCGCCGACUCCUUGGCAGGUACACACGGAGCCCCGCGGCAAGAGCGAAGCCUCCUCUGGGGUGGGAGGGGAUUGCUGCUGCCUCAGCUUCACCCAGGAUUCAGAGGGCAACCGGAUCAUCGCUCACAGAAACGAGUCCGAUGAUGUAUUUGCUGGAGAAACAGUUUCAGCGAGCGGCAGCUUAACUGCAGACUGCAGGAUAAAUGAGCGAGCGGGCCAGCCACUCCCCGAGGAGGAUUCCCAGGGGAACAGAGUCAUCGCUCACCGCUGCCAGAAUGUCCCGUCCCCUCGCAAGGACCACGGCAGCUCUCGCGGGCAGCUGCCUGACUCUGCCUGCAAGAGCUGUUCCAGCGAUGCUGCGAACAGGCGCUUGAGCAACCUGGGGGAGCAGCAGGUAGAUGUGUGCUAUGAUUUACUGUUCACGCAGGACUCGGAAGGGAACAGAGUGAUUAAACACUAA